AUAUUCGCUUUUAGAUAUAUUAUUUUUAUCUUAUGACAGCAAUAAUCAAUUUUACAUACAACUGAAGUUUAAUUCACUAACUUUAACCUACUAUUUCAAAAGAUAAAUCAAUAAAAAAACUGUUCUCGUUUUUUAACGUGUUUCUUUUACAUCAUUUCAUGAAUUAUGACAGAAAGCUUAUUAGUUUACGACUGUCCUUUGCAUAAAUAAUCAUUAAUGCCAUGGCAAGUUACGAAAUUAGCAUGACAGUUAAGUAAAAAAGAAAAAGAGAAACUUCAGUACUGUAGUUAAACAUUAACGGGAUUAGCGGAUCUUUAAUUGGUCGUGAGUUCGAUCCGCGAAAGGGGCGUAUGUUCUAUGUGACGAUUUGAUAGAAGACAUUUUGUCUGAAAUCAUUCGUCCUCCAACUCUGAUUCAUGUGGGGAAGUUGGCAGUUACUUGCGGAGAACAGGUUUGUACUGGUACAGAAUCCAGGAGCACUAGUUAGGUUAACUGUCCGCCGUUACAUAACUGGUAUACUGUUGAAAGGCUGCGUAAAAUGCAAAACAAACAGACGUUAACGGAAUGAAAAUUACCAGUUUCAAAUUUAACCUUACUGUUGCGAAAUUACCGGAAAUACUAAAUUGCACAAAACUUGUUUGUAUGUCGAAUAUUUUAUAAUACUUUUAUAUACUAGUAACUGUAUAUACUGAUAUUUCCAUUUGUGCAGCGCAAUUUUAUCAACUGUUCACCUAUAAGUGACAGUAGUUGACCUUUAAAUAAAAGUUGGCGCACUAAAAACUCAAGCAGCACAGCGACGCAGAUAUCUGGUCUAGAUUUUAAGAUAUCUUUGUUUUAAAUAUGUCAGAAGUUUACUUAUUAUCACUGUUUCUUCCUAGGUUACAGGAGAGAGUGCACCGAAAUUGAUAACACAUUUUGAAAUAGUUUUGGUCCAGGACAUGAUUGUAGAUUAAAAGUUUUUAUUGUUUCGUACUUUAUGCUCUGGAAUCAUGAUUUCGUUUCCGAUCCUGCUGGCGUUGUUUUCAUCAGCAUUCAGCUUAGAUCCGUGUACCCAGAAUAAGGUAAUAGACGAAAAAUAUCGCAGUUCUGAUUAUUACAUCAAGGACAAAGGGUAUGAGCACAUGAUUUGUGAUCGGACUUUGGCUGCUGGAUGGUACAAAUUUGCUGGAGGUAAAGAAAUGACCCAUUCUUGUACAAAGCCCUAUCAUUGUGGAACUCAUAUACCGUUAUGGAUAAACGGCACUAAACCUACAGUGUCUGACGGGAUAGUCAAUAGACAGGUGUGCGGAACACAUCCCACAAGCUCUGACUGCUGUCUUUACAAAGAUACAAUAAGGGUGAAAAACUGUGGAACAUUUUAUGCUUACGAACUGAAACCUACUAGAGGAUGUUCCUAUGCUUACUGCGCAGGUAAUGGUGUACCAUGCCCGCCAGAUAAGUGGUCAGCCACUGGUUACGAGCCAGGCUGCGUAGACAUGUUUCCGAAAAUGUUGAACAACCCAAGCCUGUCUUACCCUAUAGUUAAACCAGACACUUUCGAGUUUAAAUGCCACGUAAACUUCGACGCGUCGCGUUCUGAUGUUGGUUUCGACGUCCAAUGGUAUUUUGACAAUAAAACCGAUGCCAGUGUCCCGGAUACUCACUUGAGUGGAACACAGCGUGACGCCGUACUGGAUCAGAAAUACCUUGCUGGACACCUAGGAGAAUCGCUUAGCUGCAGAGUUCGGUCUUACUUCAAAGCUACACCGUUCAGGAAAGGACCAUACCUCCCGAGUAAUGGUUACUGGUGUGGGAUAAAGUAUUCUCCUACCAGUUUAACUGUCAGCACCAAGGAUCCAGCACAAACAGUAAAACUAAUAUCAACUAUACCAAUAAUAUGUGACAAAGCCGCACAGCCGUCCUGCAAAUUAGAGCUAUAUCUCGACAACAAUAACCAUAACACCGUAACAACGACGUCUUGUACUAAAGUUAUGAAGCCAACAGACUGGAAUGCGGCUACACACGAAUCUGUAAUCCCGGUUCAAAUUCUCGCACAACGAGAUCCUAAGAAGGACGCUGAUAAAAAUCUUGCUUUGCAUUUUCAGCAAAUAUUUUCGGGCGAUGCACCACCAAUAUUCAACGGAUACAACAUCCCCUAUUUGCCAAUACAUACCAAGGACAAAGACACAUCACAAUGUAGAUGUACAGGGGAUCCUCAUUGCGUCACCCUCGACACACAUUUAACCAGAAAAGGAGCGCAAUACGACUACUACAAGGUUGGAGAAUUUAUGAUGUACGAAAGCACAGUGCCAAAUCGCUUGUUUCAGGUUCAGGCUCGCACGUGGUCAUGUGGAAGAGUCACGUGUAAUUGUGGUGUGGCUGCACGUGAAGGCAAUGACAUCGUCAUUAUAGAUAUGUGUCACGGCCACUAUGGAAAAUCCUUUCCACAAGUUCUCAUUCCACACAAGGGGGCACUCUCGCAAGGAACAGUGGUAAGCCAGGAUCCAGCCGGAAACCACUUUCUGAUUGAUUUUCCAUCCGGAGCUCAAGUAAAAGUGGAUGCAUAUAAAGGUAGACUGUUGAAUAUUUAUAUCACAUCUCCCGAAGACGAUUUCGGAGCAACACAAGGAUUAUGCGGAACAUUAGACGGCAAUCGAGAUAAUGACCUGAAGCAUCCUGAUGGAACCACGGACACAUUUUCAAUGAAACGUUUUCAACCCAACUCCUUUGUUGAGUCCUGGAGGAUUCCUAUAGGGUCAUCAAUGUUUGAUCUGAAAGAAAACAUCCCCGUCGACAGAAAGUAUAAUAACGACAUAUACUACUGCAACUGCGACCAGAAGAAGAGUCUUGUAGAUUGUACAUUCGAUAACAACAAAAAUCUUCCAGCGGUGCAUACACGUUGUGGGUCAAAAUGUAACCCGGUCAUACAAAAUGGACACAUCAACCUUCAAGCACUGCAGCAAGCGGGUCGUAAAAAGAGGUCAGCAAGCGGGCUAGAUGACGAUAACGCACCGGUCAACUAUUUCUUUGACUAUGGGCUCUCAUUUGCUCCACAAUUAAGAAAUUUCCCAACAGAAAAUGGCAAGACUCAGGCCGAUGCUGAAAAAGCUUGCAGGGACGCUUUCAGCAAGCACAGUACCAUUCAGCAAUGUACAACGCAUGCUGGAAUGGACUUUUCCUCCGAUAUUGAUGAAUGUGUAGAAGAUUUCAAGUAUUUCGAUGAUGGGUCGUUUGUUUCAAGUGCUAUCGAUUCUGCUUUGGCGUCAUGUGUUGCGACAAUGUCACGAAAUGCUUCUUGUUAUGGUACAGACGGAAAACUUCCUGACUUCAUAUCAACAGAUAGGUGUCCUAGCGAUUGUUCCAAUCAAGGCACGUGUGUUCACGGCACGUGUCAUUGCCACACGGGUUACGUUGGAGAUGGUUGCGAAAUUAACUCAAGACAGCCACCAGAAUUGUAUAAUGUUAUAACCUCUUACGAAGAUUCUGUUUUGUGUGACGUCACAAUGAGGCUGUGUGAGACUGUUUACAUGGCUGGCAGUAACAUAUUUAACAAUUCAAAGCUGUCGUGUAGAAUAGAGGAAUUUAAGUUUGAUGGAACAGGCUUUGUGGCGACUGGCAGACAUUUUACGACCGGGGUUGUAUACGAUAAUAUGUACCAUGUUGGAUGCAAACUGCCAGCCAAAAGUACAGUCGGCGGUUACACGGUGAUCAGUUACAAUAUAUCUGUAACAAACGAUGCCCGUCACUAUAGUAACGAGGUCAAAGUCGUAAAGACAGAUUCUACUUGUUUGAAUUGUCGGGACGAUGGUCUGUCGUGUCAGAUACAGGCCGGUAUGUGUUUGAUAGAUGGGAACUGUAGGCAAUCUGGGGAGUUGAAUAAGAUGAAUCAUAACCAGAAAUGUGAUCCAGCUAAAAGCAACAAAGCGUGGACAUCGCUGUCGACAGGUAUUGAUACUGGCAGCCUACCAACGGCACCUCUGGGUGGAAUACGGUACAAACGAUUCGAUAUCUGGACAAGGAAUAAAACUGGUUGCCCAUGCGCAGGUGAUGCGACCUCUAAGAAUUGUGCGUGUUGUGAUGACGGUGGUUGUCAGUGUCCCGCCCCGAACCAACAUCAGUGUACACUGUGUGGCUCAACACAAAACUGUGGAACACCUCAGCCGGGUCCAGACAUGGGGAUUGACGGGUACACGACUGCUCUAGCUGACUGUCCAUGUAAAUUCGACAAAACCAAGUAUAACUGUGCAUGUUGUCAAGAGGAAAUCAAGAGUUGCCAGUGUGGUCCUGAACACCGGAACCAGUGCGUUGCAUGUGAUCACAUGGACCACUGUGGGAAUAAACCCUGGAUAUUUGGACCCCCAAUGCCAAAUCACUAGACGCUCGAUUGAAUAUGUCAUGUUUAACAAGACUUAGUACACGUCUCCAAGAAACUAGACGUUUGAAUAUAUGUUUUAAAUAAUUUGACCUCCUGUUCCAAAUACCUCGACUCUUGAUUGAAUAAAUUGUGAAUGUU